AUGGAGUCACUCUCCAAAACAAAGGUCAUUUCAAUUGGUCUUUCUGUGUUAGGCAUCAUUCUUGUCACGAGCAAUGAUGAUCCCGUGACUAAUCAGGCCUCUACAACAGAUAUCAUUUAUGGAAAUCUUCUGGCUUUGGCUGGUGCUCUCUGUUACGGUAUUUAUUCGAUUUUGCUCAAACUUAAAGUCAAAGAAGACUCUCGCAUAGACAUGAAGUUGUUUUUUGGCUUUGUAGGCUUGUUCAACUUCCUUUUUCUUUGGCCACCAUUGAUUAUAAUGCAUAAGCUUGGAUACGAAAAGCUGGAACUACCGCCCAAUGUUUAUGUGUAUAUGAUUAUUCUUGUCAACUGUCUCGCCUCUUUUUUGGCCGACUUUCUUUGGGCCAGAGCAAUGCUUCUUACAUCGCCGUUGACUGUUACCGUUGGUUUAUCUAUGACAAUUCCAGUGGCUAUGGUGUGUGAUUUUGUCUUCAAAUUUAAGUGGAACUCUCCAAUAUACAUGUUCGGAGCAGCUUUGAUUUGCGUAUCUUUCUACAUGGUCAAUAAGGACGAAAAGGUGGAUGAGAUUUAUCAGCGAAAUGAUUAG